AUGGGAGUCUACUUGGCAAAACCGAAGACUCAAAAAAUCUCGGAAGAUGGCGGAGAGGAGGGACGAACAAUCACCUCCUUCGGCGCUGCAUCCAUGCAGGGCUGGCGCCAGACAAUGGAAGACGCGCACAUCGCAAAACCGUCGCUGAGAAAACACUCGCCGCCUACGGCCGCGAAGACAGUGGAGGAACUCGCGUGCCAAGCGUCCGCUGACGGAGCAAAGGACGCGGAAAAAUCGCUCCCAGACUUCGCAGAGGACAUGUCCCUCUACGCCGUUUUCGACGGCCACGCCAGCAACGCUGUCAGCUGCUGGGUCUCUGAGCACUACGUGAAGGUGUUUUUGGAUCGUCUCGAGAAGAUUCAGAACGAGGCGCGCCAGGGGUCCUCUCCCGCAGGCCUCGCGGAGUCGCUCUCUCGAGACCUCCCGGACGCGAGCGUCUUCAGCCUGCGAAAUGCCAUUCUCUGCGAGGCCCUUCAGCAGAGUUUCCUCGACGUCGAUGAGCAGAUGCAGAAGGAGGAAAAUCGCAAAGAACUCAAGAAAUACUUUGAAGCGGGCCAGUUGGAGCAGCGCGACAACGAGACCUACAUUCAGCGGUACCUGAACGACGGCGGCGAUGUGCGCUUGGUUGAGAUGGACGGUCAGAAGUACCUACAGUUCGUCCCCCGGAACAGCGAGGACGACGAGGAGGGCGAAGGCGCGGCGGGAUCUCCGGGCACCGGCGAGGAGGCUGAGGAGGGCGCGGAGAAGAAGGUUGAGGAGAAGGAAGACGCGAGAGAGACGUCCGCGUCGUCGCCAGCGGCCUCAGUGAAUGGAGGCGAGGCGGAGGCGAAGAGCGCGGCGGCGGAGAACGCCGACGCGCCGAGCGACGCACAGUCGGUGAGCCACCUGACGCGCUUUAACAGCACCGACGAAUUCAAAGACGAGGACGACUUCGCGGGCGCGGCCCAGGAGGGCGACGCGGAGAAGAAAGAGAAGGAGGAGGCGAAGGAAGACGAGGAAGACAAAGACGACGACGACAAAGCAGGCGAAAGGCCCCUUUUCGCCCACCCCAGCACGCCGGAGGGCUCCGGCGCCACUGCGGUCGUCGUCCUCGUCGUCGGCGGAGAAGAUCCCGUCAUCAUCACUGCGAACGCGGGUGACUCGCGCGGUGUCAUUUGCCGAGGAGGAAAGGCCUUCCCGCUGUCGCACGACCACAAGCCGACCAACCCCGAUGAGAAGAAGCGAAUCUUCGCUGCCGGCGGGUACGUGACCAACGGCCGCGUCGACGGAAAUCUGAAUCUCUCCCGAGCCGUGGGCGACCUCUUCUACAAACAGAAUAAGGAGCUCCCGGCCAAAGACCAAAGAAUCACUGCGUACCCCGACGUUCGCAUCACGAGAAUCAGCCCCGAAGAUGAGUUCGUGAUCCUCGCCUGCGACGGUAUCUGGGAUGGCAAGACUAACCAGGAGGCGGUCGACUUCGUUCGCGAGAAGCUGCGCGCGGCGGGCGACACGAGCUCUGCGACUCUGAAGAAAAUCUGCGAAGAUCUGUGCGACGAGUGCCUUGCUGAGGAUCCUCUCCAGUCCGAAGGUCACGGCUGCGACAACAUGACGUGUCUGGUCGUGGAACUCUCUUCGGUUCUGAAGCGCGGCAAGAAGACCGCGGCUGAGGAAGAACACAUCGUCUUGUAUGGCGGCAUCGAAGACAAGUACCUGGGCCGCGACGAGAAACAGUUCGAGUCCGACGACAACGACGAUUAA